UGAGAAAAUGUAUUUAGAGUUAUUCAGGAUUAUACAGUGAAAAUAUGAUUAAGUACUUAAGACAACACAGCAGUUCCAUAUUUUGACAUAUAUUCAUUGCCCUGUUAAUAAAGGAGCAGUAUUCAGAACAACCUUGGUCGACUGGGUGAAAACAGCUGAUGUGACCUAUAUAAUGCUAUAUUGUGUUUGAAUAAAAUAGCACUAAGUUGUGUAUUGGAUUUUUACUUGCUUAUAAAAUACUUUUAGUUUUUCCUCUGGAUAUCAGUAAUGAUUAUAUGGGGGCCAAUAACUCGUCACGCCAACCUAGGAUGAAUGUCUCUGAACCUGAAGUUGAGCCUUCGACAAGUGACCAUGAAGAGUCCCCCGAUCUACAGGCAAUUCUAGCUUUCCUCAUUCGUAGUGGCCAAGUUAGAAUUCUCACCAAUGAUGAAGAUGAUGUAGAAGGAAAAGACAGUGAUUCUGAUGGAUGCAAUUUUUAUGGCACAGCUCAACCUCCACUAGAGGACCCUCACCCAGACACAGCAGAAAUAGAUAUGAGUGACUUAAGGCAGGAGAUAAUGAAGGCAUCAGGACGAGCCUUCAGAAGAAAAAUGAAGCCCACAGUUCUUCAUAUGUUACAAAGUCGAGAGCAUGGUAGAAACAAGAAGCAGCAGUUUACACUGGAGGAUCAGAGGAUUAUUAAUUGUCAGUAUUUGCCAAAUCAGAUGAAAACAGUCGCCAACUUCCGAAACAAAGCUUUCUGUGGCACCUUCUCUAAGGAUGGCAAUAUAUUUCUGUCAGCUUCGCAAGAUCAAAAUAUCAGGAUAUAUGAUACAAGGGAAGGCCGAUUUGAUCUCAUUAAAACAAUCCGAGCUAGAGAUGUGGGCUGGAGUGUCCUAGAUACAGCAUUCAGCCCUGAUGGGAAUUACCUGAUAUACUCAAGUUGGUCUGAUGCUAUUCAUCUAUGCAACAUUCAUGGGGAUUAUGACACACACAUUCCUCUGCCUUUAAUGCCAGGAGACCAUAGUUUUGCCAUUUUCUCCAUGACAUUUUCAUCAGAUAACACUGAAAUAUUAGGAGGAGCAAAUGACGGCUGUCUGUAUGUUUAUGACCGAGAGCAAAAUAGACGAACUCUGAAGAUUCAUGCACACGAUGAUGAUGUGAAUGCAGUGGCCUUUGCUGACAACUCUUCCCACAUCUUGUUCAGUGGUGGUGAUGAUGGAUUGGUCAAAGUAUGGGAUCGGCGAACCUUACGAGAGAACAACCCAAAACCAGUGGGUAGUUUUGGUGGUCAUUUUGAUGGAAUUACCUAUAUUGAUUCUAAGGGGGAUGCCAGGUACCUGUUGUCUAACUCCAAAGACCAGUCAAUCAAACUCUGGGAUGUGAGGAAAUUCUCACCAAAGGAAGGAAUAGAGGGUACAAAGAAAGCUGUGGCAAGACAGAGCUGGGACUACAGAUGGCAACCUGUCCGUAAAUCAGUGUGUAAGAAGAGAAGGAUAAAUGGUGAUUCCUCAGUGAUGACGUACAGAGGCCAUUCCAUUCUACAUACACUGAUAAGGUGUCACUUCUCCCCAGAAUUCAGCACUGGUCAGAGGUACAUCUAUACCGGCUGUGCCACAGGAGCACUUGUCAUUUAUGACUUGUUGACUGGAAAAGUGAUCUCCAAACUGAAAGGUCAUUCCUCCUGUACUAGAGAUGUUUCCUGGCAUCCAUAUGAGAACAUCGUAAUGACCUCCUCUUGGGAUGGUACUGUAAAAAAGUGGGACUAUCACCAUGAGGAGGAAUCAGACGAAGAAUUAGAGGAGGACUAUAAUGUGUUUGAUGACAAGAAACGGAAAUGUAAUCGAACAACCAAACAUGAACGGGUAUCAAAACAACGGGUCUUGUGUGGAAGUCGUCAAGGCCUCUUCGAGUGAUGCUAUUGACCGUUAUCAAUUUCCACUGUUUUACCACUAGUUCCUAAUAAACAUUGCUCAAGCAGGAGAGUUUUGAAGAAAAAAAAAUCUUGACAAUAGAUCAUCGUCUUAGUAACUUUUCAUCAUGUGACUGAUUUGGAGUACCAGUGUGUUUCGUACACAAUGGAAGUCUUGAUAAAUGUGAUUUGUGAUAAAUCUUAUGUCGUAAUGGACUCGUUAACAUUUCUUAUGCGGUGAUCGCAUUAUGGGAAGCUUACUCAAAGCAUUGAAGGUACUACAGUAGUUUUACCUCUAUUAAGUAUAGCUUAGCUGUACAAUCCUUUGUACAUAUCACCGUAGAUACUGCUUGUUACAUACAUGUACAUGUAUACUUGUAUAUUUAUGUAUAUAUAAUUUUGUUAUUUAAUUAUCUUGUCACUGGUUUCCUUUCUCAAGUGUACCUUACCUUCAUUUGAUAACAAUAACACUGAGUACGAGUGAUUUACCGGUACUAAACUUUUUAAAAGAAAUUUUAAGAAGGGGAGAAUCCAAUAUCCAUGAAAAUGAGAUACGUCAAUAAUUUUUUUUAUCUUAAAUAUUUUUCUAUUUAAGAAAGAUGAUUUUCAUCACUGAAAAGACCCACCUAAGGACUUUUUUGGAUGUUCUUGUAUUUGCUUGUAUAUAGAAAUCCAUUAAGGUUCAUCGCCCCUCUGAUAAGUAAGAUAACUCUAACUGGGACAAAUGACUAUUAUUCCUUCCAAAAAAUUGUCAUGUUAAAAAGCCAUUUCUGUCAAAUUUUGCCUGGCAAAAUAUGCUUAAAUUAUGUGCAUUUUAAUUAUAAAUUAGAUUUCUUUUGGAAAAUUAUAAGUGUUUAAAAUAAAUUUUUAUUUGAGUAAGGAGGGUGAUGAACCUUAAAUAAUCAUGGUCAGUAUAAUCUGAAGAGGGUUGUGUAUGUGAGAUCCAGAGUACAUAUUACAAUUUAAUUGAAAUCUAAAACUUUUUUUUAUAAAAUCUGCAAGACUUAUACAACUUUCUUAUUUCACAAUGCAUCAUUACCAUUUGCAAGACAGAUAUAUAUCUAUUAUUUGCAGGAAAAAAAAAGAAUUAGGCUAACACACAUUAAUAAUUUUUAGUGGCUUUUGAUAUAAUCUGCCCUUAAUUCUCUUAAAAAACUUAUCAUUUGCAGUAAAAAGUUUUAAAAUUAUUAAUCUUUGUCUUUGAAGUACUUCAGUAUUUUAAUUUUUGAAACAUUUUAUUAAAUUUUAACUGAUAUAUUUUUUUUCACAUUUAACAAACAACGAUGUAUUCAUAGACUAGCAACUACAGAUCAUGUAGGUAACCAAUACAAUAGUUUGAUACAUACAUUCUGUUUCAAGGAUGGACUUGGUGCAGUGUAAUAUAUUGAAUCUGGCAAUGUCUUUUUAUGUGGGAUAUUAUUGGUACAUGAAAAUAUCCACCUGUAUUAGCUUUCAGAGUAGAUCAGUUGUAAAAUACAUGUACAUAUAUAUUUCACCAUGUUCACAGGAAAAAAAGCAAUGGCCAGUAUGAAUAGAGAAAGCCUGAGUAUCUUUGUAUAGUCUUUUGAGGGUUGUUUUUUUAAAUAUGUAAUGAUGAAGAUCUUGUAAAGAUACGUUUGUUUAUUUAUGAGUUUGGUUAAUUUUGUUUGCAAACAGUAGCCAUUUCUUAUUAUGUAUGUUAGAGCCUGUUGUUUGGAUACAGUCCCUUUGUUAUGAUAUAUUGUCAUUAUAUUUUUUUAAAUGUAGUGAUUUGUUUUGAUUUGCCUAUUUUUAAUCACAUGGACAAUGAAAAUGUAAUUCUUCUGUUUAAAAUAUAUACAUUUACUAAUUAUGUAUGAUUUUUUGGCAUUGAAAAAAAAUCUCAGAUAGAUAUUCACUUGUUUCUUGUUAAUAUGUAUGUGUGUUAAUUGGUAACCUUAUUGGCACUAGUUUCAUUUUCACAACUAAUUAUAUAAUGGAGGAGAAGAUUUACAGUGAAUUUCAACUGGUGUUUGGGUGUAAGAUUGAAGUUCCCAUAUUAAUCAAUAAAGAACUGAAAGCUGUCCACGUGUCAAUUAGCAAUGGUCAUUUAGAAUCCGCUUGUGAUUGGUUUUUGAUACAUGCUGAAAAUUAUUAUGUGAAGCUCUUCAAGUUUUGAUGAACUUUUUUCAACAGUCUCUUACUGUAAUUAUUUUUAUGGUAUGUUUAUUUUGUGCUUAAAGUGUGUACUUUCAUUCAUAAUGCAGUUAGAUGGAUAAGAACAGUUGAACUUCUGUAUCUCGAACACAGAUAUCUCGAAUAGGAUAUGUCAAAGUGAUUUGGAAAUCCCAACCACUAAUUUGUAUUUUACACUCAAUAUCAUGAAUCUUUGGAUAUCUUGAUUUUUUAAUCCGUCACAUCAAGUAUUAAGGUUAGACUGUAUUAUGGUGUACUAUAUGAUUGACCUUACCUUAGGCUUAUAACAUUUUACUUGAACCCUACUCAAGAAUUGCUUAAAAUACAGUUGAACUGCAGUAUCUUGAACACGGAUAUCUCGAAUACCAUGGAUAUGUUGAAGUGAUUGGGAAGUCCCAACUAUGUAUUUCUUCAGUAUUUUACCCUCGAUAUCUUGAACCCUCGGAUAUCUCGAAGUCUUUUCUCUGUCCCAUUGAGUUUGAGAUAAUGAGGUUUGACUGUACUACCAGUAAUGAAAAUCAUUCAUUUAAAUUGGCUAAAAAAACAAACUAACUAACUAAAUAACAUUGAUUUUACUUUCACUAUUUAAUGAAAUAUGUUUCCAAAUUAAAGAGGGAAAAAAAUCAGCAACUAGGAAUAAUAAACAAGUAUCAAGAAUAUUUACUGAUAUUGUAGAAUUUUCUGUGAUUUUGUUGUUAUCAUUGAUGAAAAAUGUUGAUAAUUUGAAUAAAUAAAACUAAUAAUUCAUA